UCUCUCCUUCUUUUCUAGUUUCUGCUCCAUUGCCACCACACAGACCAAAGUCAUCAUCCUCCUCGUCGUUGUUGGACAGUAAAAAAACACCCUCCGAGAAAUUUGUGACCUCGCUAACGACGGACCACCAUGGAGCCUGGCGUCGCCACACCGCCUCCAGCAACGUCCACCCCCACCACCAAUCCCAACAACAACCCGGAAGUUAAUAAGCCCAUCAAUGGCGGCAGUGGGUGUGGAAUCAACGUCAAGGAGCUCGACCAAUGGAUUGAACAACUUAACGAGUGCAAACAACUUACAGAAAGCCAGGUCAAAACGCUCUGUGAAAAAGCUAAAGAAAUUUUAACCAACGAGUCGAACGUGCAAGAGGUAAAAUGUCCAGUGACCGUUUGUGGGGAUGUACAUGGUCAAUUCCACGAUCUUAUGGAGCUGUUUCGAAUUGGGGGCCGCAGUCCGGAUACAAACUAUUUGUUUAUGGGAGACUACGUGGAUAGAGGGUACUAUUCUGUGGAAACAGUCACACUCCUUGUGGCCCUCAAGGUCAGAUAUAAGGAUAGAAUCACUAUUCUUAGAGGAAAUCACGAAUCGAGACAAAUUACACAGGUUUACGGAUUCUAUGAUGAAUGUUUAAGGAAGUAUGGGAAUGCCAAUGUUUGGAAGUAUUUUACGGACUUAUUCGACUACCUUCCCCUAACCGCUCUUGUGGAUAGUCAAAUAUUCUGUUUGCAUGGUGGAUUGAGCCCGUCAAUUGAUACUCUCGACCAUAUAAGAGCGUUAGAUAGGCUACAAGAAGUCCCACACGAGGGACCCAUGUGUGAUCUGUUAUGGUCUGACCCUGAUGAUCGUGGUGGCUGGGGAAUAAGUCCUCGUGGAGCUGGAUACACUUUUGGACAGGAUAUAUCUGAAACAUUCAAUCAUUCUAACGGAAUCACUUUAGUAUCUAGGGCACAUCAAUUGGUUAUGGAAGGAUAUAAUUGGUGUCAUGAUCGUAAUGUUGUAACCAUUUUUUCUGCACCAAAUUACUGCUAUCGUUGCGGUAAUCAAGCUGCCAUCAUGGAACUUGAUGAUCAACUUAAAUAUUCAUUUCUACAAUUCGACCCCGCGCCGCGUCGAGGUGAACCUCAUGUUACACGGCGGACACCGGACUAUUUUCUUUAAAUAUUCUUGGAAAAUUAUCUACCUACCUACAACUUCAGACUUCAAGGAUGUGGUCAUUAUACAAAUUAUCCUUGCAACGUAGAGUCAUGUGCGACACUGAUUCAAGUGAACAUUCAUGUUGUCUUAUCAUUAUUAUAAUUAGUUUUAACCACCCCAACAAACAUCCUCAGCUUGAAAGAGUGAAUUUAAUACACGAUUUUGUUUAAUAUAUAUCACACGUAAAGAUACAAUAAAAUUUCUGUUGAUGUCAAGUAUAUAACUACCUAACAGUUCAUGUGUUUUCAAAUUGUGUACGAGUAUAGGAAAGUAAAUCUUAAUCUUGUAAUAAAAUUGUGAGUACAUAA